AUGCUAGAAUACGGCCCGAUCGUGCGCACAGCACCGGACGAAGUUCACAUCAGCGACCCAAGUGCUAUCCCUACCCUAUAUCCCACGCAGCAGCCGCUUGAAAAGACCGAUUGGUACCUCACAUACAGAGCGGUGAACCUAGGGCCCAGCCCCGAUUUAUUCACAGAUGACAAUGAGAAACAUCAUGCAGCUCACCGACGGACCGUCGGCUCUGUGUACACACUAAGCAGCAUAUUGAAGAACGAGCGGGCAGUGGACGAAUUAAUGACUUUGUUCGGGAAAAGGCUCGGUGGAUUCGCAGACCGUGAGGAAGAUGUUGACUUUGGGUUAUGGCUGGAGAUGUUCUCCUUCGACAGCGUAGGCGCCGUAUUCUUCGGCCAGCCCUUCGGCUUCCUGGAAACGAGUUCAGACUACGGAAACUACAUCGCCGCCGUACAUACCGCCAUGCCGAUGAGUUCCGUCAUCGCGAUGGCGCCUCGGUGGUGCCGCGGGUACCUCCUCCAGAUCGGCGUCAUGAUCCCCAAAGUCUUCAAAGCUAUCAUGGCUGUAGAUGGUAUCGGGCAGACUGCUGUUCGCGAAACGGGUGUUGCGCAGGAGAAAAGGGCGGAAGCGGAUACGCAUCGCACGGAUGUUCUGUCGCAGUUAUUAGGGAUUAUGAGGGAGAAGGGAGACAGUCUGUCGAUCGAGAAGAUUCAUGUUGAGAUGUGGGCGGCUGUUAUCGCCGGCUCAGACAGUACCUCCGGUGCUCUCCGCGCAAUCUUCUACUUCCUCAUGAAACAUCCCCCAAAGAUGGAAAGACUAACCCAGGAGAUCGACGCUGCCUUUCACAACAGCACGCUCACCAGUCCUGUACAAUACAACCAAGCCACCAAGCUACCCUACCUCAUGGCCGUCAUCCAAGAGUCGCUAAGACUUUUCCCGCCCUUCGCGUGCCUAUGCCGCGGUACGUGCCGAACGGUGGUCUGCAGCUCUUCAGCCAUCACAUCCCUGCUGGCUUCAAAAUCGGUAUGA